AUUCAGAGGCCAAAGCAAAGGAAUGGCCCGAUCAUUAGCUUUAGACACACACAAAAGCAGCACAAACAUACUGUAAACACCCACAGUUCCAUAAAAACCUGAAGUACAUCGUGUUUUCUCAGAAGAAUCAGGACGCUUCACUGCCAGCAUCACAGAGCUGACUGGACCUUGUGUUUGACAGAGACAUCAUAUCAGCGGAGCAAAGGAAACUGAUGAAGGAUGAGUGCAUCUAGGUGGCCAAUCAUACCUCUGCUUCUCUACCUGUUCAGCUCAGCUACUUCAUCCCCGGUUUCCAUUUCCACAUCUGCUCCACCUCUUCCAUCACAAAUUUCACCUCCCUCUCCCCUUUCAACCAUGCUCCCAUCUCUACUGUCUCCUUCUCUUAGUGUCACUCCACCCAUCCCUUCCCUCUCCAGAAACAAUGCAGAGUUGACAGAAAAAGACUGGUGCUCUUUGACAAUUUCACCCUCAACCUUGGUGGUCAGGUUUGGGGAUCCAGUCACAGCCAACUGCUCCCUGCUGGGUGCAAGGAUGGGUUUUCUGUUUCUGGGUUGGACAGUCCCAAUGAAAGCUCCUGAAUCAACUCAUCAUCAUUUUCUAGUCUGGAGUGUGGACAGGAUGACCGAAUGGGGCAUCAAGCCUACGUGUUGGGUUGCAUCUGAUCAGACAGGACAGUGCGAAUUAAAGCUCCCUCUGGUAGUCUUUAAACCUCCGGAUAACGUAUCCAUCAGCUUUGUUAACCACACCGGGCCGAUGCUCGAGGGUUGUCAAUAUACUCUGCAGUGUAUAGUACAGGAUGUCGCUCCCGUUGAAAAACUUACUGUGACCUUCUACAAAGGAGAGACAAAACUGGCUCCAUUACAAUCCAUCAACACAAAUACAACUCCAGUGACUGAGAUCUUCACAUUGAAGAUCACUCCCACUAAAGAAGAUGAUGGAGUCCUUUACUGGUGUGAGGCCAUGCUAGAACUGGGACCUGCAGGACCUCGGCAUCCUCCAGUGGUGAGGUCACAAAAGCUCACUGCCACGGUCCUCUACGGGCCACAGAUUAUUUGUCCGACAAAACUUCAGGUGAGACAAGGAGAGCGCCUCAGCUGCGAGGUGAAGGGAAACCCUAAACCAUCAGUCACCUGGUUCAGAGACGGGCAGGUGUUUGCCUUGCCCAAUCACUCAAGCAGACAGCAUGAUGGGCAUUACACAGUCUCUGCAAAAGGACUAGGACAGAAAAACUUUACAGUAGAGGUGGAGGUCAUACCUGAUAGUGGAACUGCCAAGAGCUGUAACAGACUUUUCCUAUUGGCCAUCCUGCUUCUUCAGACAAUUAUCUGGCAGUAACACCUAAAAGAACCCGACAUGAUGCAUCUUCUCAUGCUGUAUUGAUUUAAGGUUCCUGCAGUGAAAAUUGUUUCUCUUCUCUUGAUCAAAUGAAUCUUUAUUUUUCUUUUGGUGUGUAUAGUCCUUGAUUUUUUAACACAAAACACUAAAAGCAGAUAAAUAUCCCUUUGUAGAUCUUGAGCUUCUGCCUGCAGGAACAUCUCAUGUUAUUUGACUGAACUGUCCAUUUAUUCUUCACAACAGCUGCUGUACAACUUUAAAAUAAUUGUUUUGUAAAUAUUAAUGAUCAACAAUCGGUUAUAUUUCUGUAAGCAUAGCGUUCUUCUCUCUUUCCUGUUUCUUUUAAGAGGAUGUUUGGACUGUUGAACCCUCUGCAAAACAAUCUUAGUCUCUCUCCGCUGUACUGUAGAUGCGUUUAAAUUUUUUUUAGUUUGAAGAAAAGUUCUGCGAGUUUACUUUAGAACCAGCUCCUCUUUCACUAAAGGUUAGGUUAUGUCUGCUGUAAAUUCAAAUGCUGAACUAUAUCAUCUCUCAAAGCAGUACUUUCUUGCUUUAAGCUUGAACUGCCAUGCUUGCACAAAUAUCAAAUAAAGUCCAAAUGAAACAUAGUAAAACAUUUCUGAAACAAUUAUGCCUUAGUUUCACAGAAUAAAGGUAGAUCAAAUCUU